UGCCACAUGUCGGCCCCGCCCCGGGAGGCGGAGUCUACCUGCCUGGGAGCUCCGCCCCCUCCAACCGCUAAGCGGAGAGAGAUCGGGGGCAGCCGGGGCGCGUCUCGGCUCGGCGGCGUCCUCCUCGAGCACGAUGGCCUCCCUCCAGCACCGUUUCCACUCCUUCCUGGAGCAGCCGGGCCUGCUGGGCGACCUCCUGAGCCGCCUGGAAGCCCAGACCGGCGUCAAGCGGUAUUACCUGGCGACAGGUGCGGUGGCUUUUCUGAGUCUCUACCUGAUGUUCGGAUACGGCGCCUCCCUGCUUUGCAAUCUCAUUGGCUUUCUCUAUCCCGCUUACGUCUCCAUCAAAGCCAUCGAGAGCCCCUCCAAGGAUGAUGACACAACGUGGCUGACCUACUGGGUGGUCUACGGGCUCUUCAGCAUUGCGGAGUUUUUCUCGGACACCUUCCUGUACUGGUUUCCCUUUUACUACGCCGGCAAGUGUCUCUUCCUGGUGUGGUGCAUGGCUCCCGUCUCGUGGAAUGGAUCCCAGGUCCUUUACCGCAGCCUCAUCCGGCCCUGGUUCCUGAAGCACCACCAGACCGUGGACAGCGUCCUCAGUGACCUCAGCGGCCGAGCCGUCCACGCUGCCUCUGCGGUGUCCAGGGAAGCAUCUAAUGAAGCUAUGAAGCGAGCCCUCCAGACCGCGGACUGAGCUACGGACGUUUUAAAACUCCCAGGUGAAAUAAAGGAUGCCCAGUACUGAUAUUCUGGAACUUCCCAUCGCAAGCUGGAGCCUCUGGAAGUGCCUGCUGUUUCUUUUCCCUGCACAUCUCUGAUAAGAGCUCUCCCCCCCUCUGCUGGCUUCCAUCCCGCCCUUAAUGCGGGAAAUCUGUGCAAUGCCCGUAAACUCCAUUGCCGGCCUGCCAAACUCCCCCAAAUGGCCUCGUGUUGCUCUUGAACUCUAGCAGAGAAGGCGUUGUGACUUUAAAGGCCUCCUGCACGUUGCAAGAGAGUGUGCAGCAGUUCUGCCGGGGGGGGGUGCACCAGGUUUUAACUCCCCCCCCCCCCCUGGAGUAUCUAACCAGGUUUCCUGUUUGGCUCUACAAACAGAAAUUCGUCACACAGAGCGAGGAGAUUGCUCCAGACCUGAACUGGCUCCCCUUGCAAUUGCAGUUCCAGAGCUGGGGCCAAAUAUUAGCUGCUUUCAACAAUACCAGUUAUGCAUCUCUGGUACAACUUGUAAGGGGUAAAGCAAAACAAAUAUACAGGCUUCUCUUCUCCCUCCCCCCCAUCUCAGGGUCACACACAGCAGGAACCAACUUGUGUGUUUCCUCCCCAGUCUUCCUGGGGUGAUAGAAUCUCUGUGGACGGAGCGAGCCGUUUGCUUGAGCACCACACUCUGCGCCGGCCUCUCCCAACCUCUUUGGGUCCCGUUGCUGGACGACAGUUCCCCUCAUUCCUGACUGUUGGCCAUGCUGGCUGUAGUGCCUGGUGGGAACUGUCGUCCAGCAACAUCUGGGGACCUGGACGUUGGGAAAGGCUGCUCUGUGCAUCAACGGCAAGCCAGUCCAGCAGUGUGGGCCAUGGAAGAAACGGGGUCCACUUCCGACCUCUGUCUAGUUCCUCCAUAUUCCAACUUUGCAUUCCCUGCAAAUUCUCGGGAAUGAUCUUUUUCUAAGACAGGCAUGGGCAGGCUCUGGCUUUCCAAAUGCUGUUGGACCCCCAGCUCCUAUCAACCCCCAGCUGGGAUGCCUGGUGGCCUGGGACCCUAGCAGAUUUUGUCCCAACACAGCUGGAAGGUACCAGGGUUCACCAUCCCUGAUCUAAGGCUAUCAUUGAAAUUAUUGAUGGGUUGAUGGAUUUUUUUUUAAAAAAAAUCUGGAUGGUUGUGGAAACAUGAAUGCUAAUCCGCUUGGGCCUGAGAUCGCCCUCUUCUCCCCCCAAAUCAAGACCUUUGCCAAAACGUUUAGCUGUGAUUAGCUCAGUCUCCUCCCAGCUGACUGGCUCCAGUUGUUGCUGGCCUCCAGGUAGGGUGGUUUGGCCAGCAGUCAUGGGAGAUGGGGGCUGUAGACCAGCAAUCCCAGGCGGUUGCCAGGUUGGGGAGAAAUUGGAUGCAUCCACCAAUAUUGCCAUCUCCCCAUAGGAAGCAAAAAGUUAAGGAGAACUUGUCCCCCUCCUCUCUCUCUCACGCACACCUGUAUUAUGUGGGCCAUAGAACCACCUCCUUACUUGGUGCAAUGAACUACAAUUCCCAUGACCCCCCCCCCCCGCCAGCACAGCCAAGGAUCAUGGGAGUGGCGAUCCACAACACCUGGAUAUCACUGUUUUGGCUGUCGCUGGGAUAGAGAGAGACCCAAUUAGACCUCUGACAACUUAAUUCACGCAGGAAGGUUGGGGGGGGCUUUAACAAAGCUUUGCUGAUCCAGCGUGGGCCUUGGAAAAGAGGCAGAGGCUGGGAAGCGGCUUAACAGAUGGGCUGGGACCUUUUCUGCUUUUGAUGAAGGCAUGGGUGCUUACCUGGGAAUCGUUCUCCCGUGUCUGAAGAUGUGGAAAGGGUAGCUAAAAUGCUGCGCCCGUGCUUUGCUCAGGGAGGAAACCCUUGGAAGUACCUUUGUAGGACUUGUCUCGACAAAGGGCCAGCAUGGAGAAUCUAGAGUUUUGCCAAAUUUACAGCUCCUGGCCUUCUAGUUGGGGCAGAUGUGGGGAAUGUGUAGCAAUCCGGAUUUGAUUUCCCCCCCCCAACACAUCAUCCUAACGCUUCACUUGUACGUCUCCAGAUUUGCUCACACAGGCGAGGCUUGCCGGCCCUGAUCUUGCACUGCAUUAAAAAGGAGUAUCAGAAUUGGCCACAUCUCCUUCCCCUCUCAAAGUACAGCUUGGGAAUGUGCCAAGGGUUAGAAAUUAAGGCCAAUUUUGACCUGCCAGUAUUGAUGUUGAGCUGCUUGUCGAGAGUUUAAUGGGUUCUUGAGGCCACCCUAAGCAGAUGCGCUUCCUUUAAUAUGGCAGCAGGGAGGUGGGGGCAUUCAGUGAUGGAACAUGCUCCUUGGCUAACUCCAGAAACUCCCAAGUUCCGACUUUGGUUUCCUGCUUUGAACGUCUCUCCUGGGGGGCCCCUUCCUCUUUUAGAUCCUCAAAGAAAGCGUGCCACUCUGAAACACUGCAAAAUACUUUGGCCGCGUUUCAGAGCCGUGAGCUUGAGAGCUCCUGGAGACCUUCUGAAUGUUGUCCUUUAAGGGUGAUGAAGAUUGGGUGGUUUGGCAAUCCCGUUUGUGGCUGGCUGCUAAUUUAAAAAGAAUGUUUGCUGAGGCACUGUCCUGGUUUAUUUUAUUUUAUUUUGCUCUGUUCAUCGGGUUUUGGAUGAUAAAAAUAAAAAUAUAAAAGUCUCGUUAUUAAAAAUAUUGAGUGAAUGUUGUGAUGCGACAAAGGGUUCAGAGAUAUAGGGCGAUGCCAGGGGUGGGUAUGGCAUUGAAUGAAAUUUCUCCAUCAUCCCGAUUCGUGACAGAGUUAAACACUGUCUCUAGUUAUUUUGAGUUGGAGCUAAAACUUCCCACCUUUAGUUUUGCUUGUGGCUGCCUUCAUCUUCCUCUACAGGAGUGUGUUAACCUGUUCAUCAAGAAGCAGCCUCUUGUUUUGAGCCUUGUAUUAAAUAAAGACACCGCCUUGACGGUUGCAGCAUCAAUAGCUAUCGGCACCCCAGGCUUUGUAGGCAUGGAAGGAUCUGUCCGUUUCAGACCUCACAGAUUUUCAUUUUUCAAAUCUUACAUCCACUUCCUCACAUUUCUGCAGCAA